AUGAGCUACAACGAUAUAGAAAAAUUAAUCUACUUCAACAAUCACUUUCUGUCUGAAUUACCAGAACCCCACGCUGUUUUUAACAAUUCUUUAUGUUUUGAAAACUUUAAAACUUCAAACACACUACCAUUUGAAAACCCAUCAGACUGUUACUCUCUGCAUACUGCUUGGGAUAAUAAUGCAGAAUUUCAUGCUGAGGCAGGUGGUAUCGAAAAUUCGCGUGAUGCCAGUGGUCCUCUACAGGAUGUUAAAGAAUAUUUGAAAGAUGAUUUACAUGACGGUUCGGAGGCAGAAAAUGGAAGAACAAGCAGCAAACUAUUAAAUCAUAAUACCAUCGAAGAGAAUCAUUCCGAAACGUCCAUGGACAGAGCUCUUCAAUCAAACAACUCCAUUUAUAAUAUUCUUUCAAUUACGCCCUCGAAUUCAAAGAUCGCCAUUGAAAGUCAAGUCGGAAAUCGUCCUCAUUUUAGUGAUUUCCCAACCGCCAAAGAAAAUCGAUGUCUCUUACUAACAGCUCCCAGUGAAAAACCAGUCAGUGAUAGCAAUGAAUCAUGCCCGAUCACUAUGAAACAAAGAAAUGCCUGUACCCGUCAUUAUCUACCAUAUACCCCGAUUCAUCCAAUGUUCCCUUCAUUUUACUCUCAAUUACCUAAGCUUUCUCUGUUCCCCCUUCCCAAAUAUCCUUUGGAAGAAGAUGUCAAAUACAUCAAGUCCUGUCCCAUAGACGAUUACUAUUUGCCCAGAUAUACCCGUGGCCAGGGUAAGAAAAAAGAAGGCCUUUGCCCAAUUUGUUGUUUCCAGAAGAAAAUCGUUUGGCUUCGCACAAAAACUAGCGCAUUCUGGUAUCACAUGAACUUUUUACACGGUAUUCAUAGUAAAGGAAGACCUUAUCAUCCGCCCAUUGAAUUUCGUACAAUUCCUGUUCGAAAGGUAAAGAGUAUCGUCGGACUACCUGACAGGCGUCAAAUCGUUCAGGGGAAAUGCCAUCAAUGCAAACGUUGGAUUCGUUGCCAGGGUCGAAAAGAUGUCAAAGUAAAAGUUCCUGAGAUAUUUUGGUGGAAACAUGCACACAAAUGCCAUUCAGUAGACCCGAAUAACUUAACUUAA